GAUCGGGCGCAAUGCAUCGGGGCGAAGCGACCGCCCAUGGCGGAGCAAGCAGCGCCAGCUACAUCCUCCUGCUGGGCUUCAUGAUGCUGCUGGAUGUUUCAGCUGCGUUCACUGCGUCACACCCUCCCCACCUACUCGCCUUGAAGGAUGUCCGGCCGAGGACAGGCAGAGGAAGAUCAAUUACUGCGACUAGUGGGUCCCUGAAAGGGUCACGCGCGAAUGCUGCGAAUAUUUUCAGGAAUGCAGGCAAAGGAGAAGGAACUUCGUAUGAGCUGUUUCGAUCUCCCAGUCCCUUGAAGCCAGCGGUUGAAGUGUACAUGGAGAAGGACUGUCCUGUAUCGAAUCAAAUCAAGGCCAUGCUUUGCUUUGUUCUGGCAGAUGUGCGGCACGAUCUCGUUGAAAUUGAUAUCAAUGAAGCUCUACCGAACAUCAACGGAAUCCAUGAGCGUGUUGCUUAUGCCCGGGAGAAUGGCACCCCUCAGCUCUACAUCUUUGACGGCGUGGUGCAUACUCUCGUCGGAAACGAUGUUGAUUUGAAUGAGGAGCUGAACAACGGGAAAUUCAUGACGAGACUGAAGCUUGCGCAUAUUCCACAGAUCGACACCUUCGACGAGCUAGAAGGGUAAUGAACAAGUGAGUUGUAGUUGGUGCAGGAUACGGAAGGACAGUGAUGUAAUUAAAGUAAAUCAAGCUCG